CCCCCUCCAUGGGCUGCCACCUUAUCGUGGUGGGGGGGUUUGAGUGUCCCAGUGAUCCUAGGAGUCUUGCUGUGGGGGCUUCAUGCCUCUGGUUGGGCCCCCCAGUGCAGACGGGUCCAAGGUGAGGAACCAGACCAAGUGCAGCCCAAAGAUCCUUAUGAUGAAAACGACCAUUGGAAACAGUGGUUCUGCUGGCCCCUACAUGAGGCCCCACCCUGGAGCCAGGCCUGGGGGGGGGGGGCACGUUGGGGAGCCCCUGGUGGCCGGGCUUUAGCCCACAGAGCCCGAAAAGAGCUGAUGGGUUCCGGCUAGAAAUAGUGGGACUCACUGCAGUGCAUGGCUCUGGUUCUGGAGCCAGUCUCCUUGAAAGGGGUUGGAUGUUCUCCCACCCUGGAGUUGCCCCUUGUGAGAGGCGCUGGGCAGUUGUGGGCUGACUUGUUGACUUGUUGUGGGCUGACUUGGUGCCUGUACAUUGGGGUGAACAGGAGGACAGCCUCUCCCUCUACCUACGGGUUUGGGUCGGGUUCUGACUGUUUACCCAGCCUUUUCAAGUCCUUGGAGGGGGUACUGGAGAUAACACUCUCCUGGGCAGUUCCCAGGAGAGUGCCCCUCCUGGGAACUGCCUUGUUAUACUGGAGAGGUUUUCUCUGCAGGGUCUCUGGGCUCCUUAGAGGAAGGAUGAGAAGCCCAGAGAUCCAGGAUUGAUGUUGAUACAUAUAUCCAGGGUUUCCCCCAGUGCAUUAUAAGCCCCCUGACCUCCUACAUGGAGGUAGGAGUCCAGAUUAAACUUUUGUCCAGUUUUUAACUCCUUUGAGUGUUUUCUUCACUUCUUGUCCGCUCGUCUCACCCUCCGUUCUCUACCGUCACGGUUGUGCUGUCCUUCUUCCUCCCUCCUCCUCCUAUCUCAACCAAUCACGAGUCACGCACUGGACUGACUGUCUGAGCUGUUGCUGCUGCUGGCUCCGUUGCCAUGGUAAUUAAUUGUCCGUCAUCAACCAGCAGCUGUGAUGACUCAUCCAGUAAAAAGGAUAUGUGGGAAUAGGAAUAUAUAUUCCAGAGUUUAAAAAAUGUAUUUCAAAAAGAAUAUCAGAUCAUUUGUCGGUUUUUACAGCAGAAAUGGUGGCAGUUAUAUUAAGCUUGCAAUAUAACUGUGAGGAGAUUCGACCAAUGAGGGUGGUGGUGUGCACAGAUUCUAAAGCAGUAGUAGAAAGUAUCAAGGGAGAAGGAAAUAACAGAAAAGAUUUAGUAUUAGAAAUUCAUCAUAUUUUAUUUAGAUUAUAUAGGGGUAGCAUUGAUGUUUGGUUUUGUUGGCUGCCAGCACAUGAAGGAGUAAAAGGCAAUGAAAAGACAGAUAAAUUAGCUAAAAGGGCUUUAGAGGGGGAAAUAACAAUUUCAAUUCCUUUUGUGAAAGGGGAAGGAAAAUCACUUAUUAAAAGUAAAGAAAUGGAGGAAUGGCAAAAAAAUGUGGAAUGAAGAUAAGAAAGGAAGAAGAUUAUAUGAAGUGCAAAAGUCAGUUAGAAUUCGAAGCAUUAAUGAAAGAAACAGAAAAGAAGAAAUGAUAAUUAGUAAAUUAAGAAUAGGUCAUAGCUACUUAAAUGACAUGCUUUAUUUAAUAGGGAGGAAAAAUAAUGAUAAAUGUGAGAAAUGUGGAGAGAAAGAAAAUGUAGAACACAUACUGAUGAACUGUAAGUCAUAUGAACUCGAAAUGGAAGAAUUAAAGAGAAUAGUUAGAAGAAUAGGGCAUGAAUGGAAUCUUAAAGGUAUAUUAGGAAAUGAAGGAAACAUAAUAGAUAUUCACAAAUUAAGGAAAGCAUUGUUUAUUUAUCUUAAGAAUACAAAAUUAAAAAAUAGAAUUUAAUAGAUGUGAAGUAAUGCAGCUACACACUCAUGUACAGUAGGUGGCGGUAUGCACCUUAAAGUUGCUUGUGAUCCGCCAUAAUAGAAAAGAAGAAGAAGAAGAAAGCUCAUCUAGUCUGUCCCCAUACACAACAAUGGAGCAGCUGAUGAGGUCCUCAGUGCAAAAAGCGUUUUUUGUUUUUUUUUUGUCGCCACGUUAACUCAGAAUCCCACCAGAAAUAAUAAUAGCUCCAAUGCCGUGGUCAAGCCGCACGUUUUGAUACCACUUUUGUAGGGGUGCACGCAGCGGUUCGAGCCACAUUCACGGUAAUAGGUGCAUAACAAUAGGUUCCUGCCUCCAAUGAAUUAAAUCCUCAUGAACCGCCCUCCUUGCCAGUAGGUUGCGGUAAUGGUUACCUAACGGCUUUUCCCAAACCGACAACUAAACUCAAGAAGAACUGUGAUGCUAGCAGCGUUAGCUUACCUUCUGCUUGGACUCAAUCUGGAGAGUUUGACCAUCGGCGGGAUGAAUAUGUGAAUGUUUACACUAAUAAUGUCUUCAGUCCAGCUAAAACGAGACCUCGGCAACGAGCAGUUAACUCCUGCUGAAGAGACAUUCACAGGGUUUAAGGAAAUUAUCGUGAAGGAGGAAGAGAUGGGCGAUCAGCGCAGACUGCGGGAUUUCGCUCGGACACCCCGGUUCACUUCACACCGAAAAGGAGGUAAAGUGACAAAGCGUCGAUCUACAGAAUUAUGUUUGGAAAGAGGAGGUUCCUUCUGACCAGCAGCUCUGCAAACAGGAGAGGGAUUCCAGUUUGGACCAGGAGGAACCAGAACCUCUGCAGAUGAAAGAAGAGCAGCAAGAGCCAGAACAUCCCUGGACUAAAGAGGAAGUAUUGGAGAUCUGCAUAGGUGAGCAUGAAGACCAACUUGAACCGAAUCAGGAGAAUGAAGAUGAUGAAGAAAAGAACCACUUUAAACCAGAACUAAUCAGGAACCAAGUCAUCUCUCAGGACUUCAGUGAACCUGAGAACCAGGAUCAAGAAGGAAAACAUCAUAAAGACUCAGGGUCAAAGCAAGAUAAAGCACAGAAACCAGAUAAGAGAUGUCUGAAAACCAUAAAGAGUAACAACUUAGACAAUCCAAAACCCAAAACUCAAAAUAGUAACUUGACCCAGCAGUUGAAAAGGCACAUAGGUGAGAAGCGUUUUCCAUGUACAACAUGUGGAAAAUGUUUUAUAAAAAAAGGACAUUUAAUAGUUCACAUGAGAAUUCACACCGGUGAUAGGCCUUUCAAAUGUCUUUCCUGUGGAAAAAGUUUCACUAAAAAAUCAGUUCUUGAUGAACAUGUCAGAAUCCACUCAGGUGAGAAGCCUUUCUCUUGCAUGAUUUGUGGCAAAAGUUUUGGCCGAAAAUGCAAUUUGACUUAUCACAUGAUGCUUCACACAGAUGAAAGGCCUUAUCCCUGUGAUACCUGUGAAAAAACUUUCAAAUCAAAAGUUUCAUUGAAUGAUCAUAUGAAAAUUCACACAGAUGAGAAGCCAUUUUUAUGCGUGACCUGUGGGGAAGGGUUUAUUCGAAAAUGCCAAUUAAUAGUUCACAUUAGAACUCACACUGGCGAGAAGCCUUUUACCUGUCAGUCCUGUGGAAAAAGCUUCAUUACAAAAUCUGAUUUGAAUAAGCAUGUGAGAAUUCACACAGGUGAGAAGCCUUUUAAAUGUCUGUACUGUGGAAAAAGCUUUACUAGAAAAUCAGAUUUUAAUAAGCACAUCAUAAUUCACACAGGUGAGAAACCUUUUAAAUGUCUGUACUGUGGUAAAAGCUUCAUAAGAAAAUCAGAUUUUAAUAGGCACGUCAGAAUUCACACAGGUGCCAAGCUUCUCUCUUGUAUAAUUUGUGAGAAAACUUUCAAUGAGAAGGCUCAUUUAACCAAUCACAUGAGGUGUCACACAGAUGAAAGACCUUUUACCUGUAAUAUUUGCAAAAAAACUUUCAGAGCAAGAAGUUCAUUAACUGAACACAUGACAGUUCACACAGGUGAGAAGCGCUUUUUGUGUGUUACCUGUGGAGAACGGUUUAAUCGAAAAAGCCAGUUAGUGGUUCACAUUAGAAGGCACACAGGUGAGAAGCCCUUCCUGUGUGGGAUCUGUGGAAAGGCUUUCCAUCAUAGCCACACCUUAAGAGUUCACUUCAUGGCUCACGCAUUAGAGUCUCAUUUUCAAUGUACAACAUGUGGAAAAAGUUAUGAAGAAAAAGUACAUUUCACAAUUCACAUGAGAACUCACACAGAGAAGUCUUCCUCUUGUACAAUUUGUGGCAAACAAUUUGCUCAAAAAGGGGAUUUGUGUGAUCACAUGAGAAUUCACACAGAUGAAAGAUCUUUUUCCUGCGAUACCUGUGAAAAAAGUUUCAGAUCUAAAGAUGCAUUGAAUAAACACCAGAGAGUUCACACAGGUGAGAAGCCAUUCUUUUGUGUGAUUUGUGGCAAAGGUUUUUCUCAAAAAGUGCAUUUGACUAAUCACAUGAGGACUCACACAGAUGAAAGGCCUUUUCCCUGUAAUAUCUGUGAAAAAACUUUCAGAAGAAAGGAUUUAUUGAAUAGACACAUGAGGGUUCACACAGGUGAGAAGCCAUUUUUGUGCAAGACAUGUGGAAAAGCAUUUUGCCACAGCAGUAGCUUAAAAACUCAUUUCAUAACUCACACAGAUGAAAAACCUUUUCAAUGUGUUGCGUGCGAAAACAGUUAACUUAGAAAAACACAUUUGAUACUUCACAUGAGACCUCACUCUAGUGAGUAAAAGAGAACAAUAGUUUUGUAUUUGUUACAUUAAAUUAGAAACAAAAAUGUUGAACAAGUUGUUAAAGUUUUAUGCAUUUCUUUAUCAUUCAUUCCUGAAAAUUUUAAAUUAUAUUAUUUUCUCUCAAGUGAACCUCUUCUUUUACAGAUGAUAUUCUUUAUAGUGGUGCACAGCUUUACCCAAAAUGUGUUCCCUUUGGGUAAGGCCUUAUGUUUGUUGUAAAUACAAUAAGUUUGUACUUUGCUUUUGAGCAGUGCUGUGAAAAAAUAGAAUUGCAAAGAGCAUAUGCAAUAAAAAUGUAAGACAUGUAUUUGAUGUCUGUUGCUCAUUUACCUCACUAACUGUAGAUCUCAUUUGUCUGUGCAAAUUAUAUUUAGUGGUGUCAAGCAGGUACUGUGUUAACCAGAUCUGACUUUUUUGCAAUGGGAAACACUUUCAGAGUGAAAUGUCAUAAUGAAAACAUGACGGAUC